AUGCUUCAUUUACUCUUUUUACAAUAUCGAAUUUUUUUGUCAAAUCUUGGAUUUUUUGUUCCCUAUAAUUUUGAACAUGAUCUUGCAAAAGAUUCACAUGUUGAAGAAACUGAUAGAAAGUUUGUUAUUAUGGCAAUCGGUCUUUCAACUUGUUUUGGUCAUGUUAUUAUUGGAUAUUUAGCCGAUCUUAAAUGGAUUAAUCGUCUGACAUUGUACAAUUUAACAUUGAUUAUAUCUGGUCUAUCAACAAUCUUUGCUCCAUAUAGUGGUUCUAAUAUUCUUCCUCAUCUUGUUUAUGGAUCAAUUUUUGGUUUCUUCUCUGGUGUUUAUGUUGGAUUAACAUCAAUAAUAACUGUUGAUCUUGUUGGUAUAGAUAAAUUAUCAAAUGGAAUGGGUAUUAUUCUAUUAUUUCAAGGUAUUGCUACUACUAUAGGUACUCCAGCUGCUGGCACAAUGCGUGAUGUAUUUGAAAAACAUACUCGACCAUUUGUUUGGCCAUAUUUUAUGUUUGGGAGAUUUGUAGUAUUAAGCGGUGUUAUCUUAUUUGCAAUUUCAUUAUUAAUACGAAGAGAUGAAAAUCGAGAAAAAUUUUUAAAAAUUCCAUUGGACAUUUAUCUUAUUUCUUUCUCAUUUACAUAG